ACAGAAAACCAAUGAAGGUUAGCAAUAGUCCCAUCAUCCUCUAAGAAGAGAAACUGCUCAUCUGUGACACACUAUGGCAAAGACCGAGUUGGUUGAAGUGGAGAUUGAUGACAUGAGUGAUCCACAAACAUCCCGAAACAAUUAUGAUGAAGAAACUGAGGAAGAAACAGAUCGGAUGGAAGUGAAAGAGCAAAGACAAGAACUAAGCGAGGAGGAGGAGGAGGAGGAGGAGGAACAUCGCAACUUCAAAACUCGAAAAAGAAAAUCCAACAAGCAGCAGCACAUUUGCUCACAUUGUGGAAAGAGUUUCAAAUAUAAAUCAGGUCUCAAGAAUCAUCUGUGUGCCACUCUGCAGAAAAGCCGUUUAACUGUGAUCAGUGUGAGCCAUUCAUCUGUGAUCAGUGUGGCAAAGAGUUUCAUGCAUCCUCAAAUCUGA